AUGUGCCAAUCCCACGAGGUGUGCCAUGCAGGUUGCAAUGUGGCAGUUUGGGCUGCGACGGCCGGCUCCUACGAAAUGUGCGUGUGGCUGCAUGAGAAGAGAGCUGACUUCGCAUCCACCAACAAGAAUGGACACGGAGUUCUGAACAAAAUCGCCUGGCGAGGUCACAGCGAAAAGCUUGCUGGUUGGAUGGUGAAUGUGGACGGCGUCGAAGCACAGCUUUUCGCGCGCGACUGGGAGAACGAGCUUCCUUUGGACAGGGCGCGCCAGCAAGGUGCGCAGCUGUAG